AUGACAUCAAAGGAAUCACCAAUAGCGGAACAGAGUCCCAUUGAAACAAUUUAUAUCAAUAAUCUAAAUGAUAAAAUCUCACUCACCAAAUUAAAAACAUCUCUAGAGACCUUGUUCUCCAAAUAUGGCACCAUCCUUCAAAUCACGGCCCAUAAGAAUCUAAAAAUGAAAGGACAAGCUUUCAUAACAUACGAAUCCAAAGAAUCGUCAUCAAAAGCAAUUAAAGAAUUACAAAAUUAUCAAUUAUUUUCAAAACCCAUACAUAUCUCGUUUGCAAAAUCAAAUUCUGAUUCAUAUCAUAAAUUAACCAAUAAUGAACCUCAAAUUGAAGAACGAAAACGAAGGAAGGAAGAAACGAAUCUUAAACGAGACUUAGAAGCUAAGACCAAAAAGGGUAUUAAGAGGAUUAAAUUGGAAGAUUGGAAAUCAUUACCACGUCAUAAUAUAUUACUUAUUCAAAAUCUAUCUCAAGACUAUAAAAUUGAUUUAUCUGAUUAUUUUGGAGAUUUUGAUGGAUUUAUUAAUGUAAGGUUGGUGAAGGUUAGAAAUUUGGCAUUUAUUGAAUUUGAUAAUUCGGAAUUGGCUGAGAAGUGUUUAAAAAGUGUUGAUGAAAAAGACUUAAAAGAAAAAUUUGGUGAGAAUGUGAUAUUUUCCUUUGCAAAAAAGUAA